UCCUGAUCCCGGUCCUUGUCCCGGUCCCGGUCCCUGUCCCGGUCCCGGUCCCAGUCCCGCUCCCAGUCCCAGUCCCGCUCCCAGUGACGGUGCCUCCCCCCCAGAACAGCUCCCAGUUCAUGAAACACACCCGGCGCCGCAAACUGACGGUCGAGGAUUUCAACCGGGCGCUGCGCUGGAGCAACGUCGAGGCGGUGUGCGGAUACGGCUCCCAGGAUGCGCUGCCUUUCCGGGCCAUCAAGGAAGGGGAGCUGUACUUCCAGGAAGACCGGGAAGUCAACCUGGUAGAGCUGGCUUUGGCCACCAACAUUCCCAAGGGAUGCGCCGAGACAGCUGUGCGAGUGCACAUUUCCUACCUGGAUGGAAAAGGCAACCUGGAGCCGCAGGGAGCGGUCCCCAGCGCCGUCUCCACGCUGACAGACGACCUGCUCAAGUACUACCAGCACGUCACCCGCGCGGUGCUGGGUGAUGACCCCCAGCUGAUGAAGGUAGCCCUGCAGGACUUGCAGAGCAAUUCCAAGAUCGCUGCGCUCCUGCCUUACUUCGUCUACGUGGUCAGCGGGGUGAAGUCGGUCAGCCACGACCUGGAGCAGCUGAACCGGCUGUUGCACAUCGCUCGGAGCCUGAUCCAGAAUCCUUUCCUCUGCCUGGGCUCCUACGUCUGCAGCCUCAUCGCCAGCGUCAUGUACUGCGUCCUCGAGCCCCUGGCCGCCUCCAUCAACCCCCUCAACGACCACUGGACCCUCCGCGAUUACGCCGCCAUGCUCCUCAGCCGCAUCUUUUGGACCCACGGUGAUCUGGUGAGCGGGUUGUACCAGCAGAUCCUGCUCUCGCUGCAGAAGGUGCUGGCUGACCCAGUGCGCCCGCUUUGCUCCCAUUAUGGCGCGGUGGUGGGGCUGCACGCCCUGGGCUGGAAGGCGGUGGAGCGGGUGCUGUACCCCCAUCUCCCCACCUACUGGACCAACCUCCAGGCGGUCCUGGAUGAUUAUUCCGUGUCCAACGCGCAGGUCAAGGCUGAUGGGCACAAGGUCUACGGGGCCAUUCUGGUGGCUGUGGAGCGCUUGCUGAAGAUGAAGGCGCUGCAAGCAUCGGGGGUCCCGCGGCGCGAGGGGUCCCCCCGUCACAGCCCCAAGCGGGACCCCCCCACCCCCACCCCAGAGCCGGCUGUUGGCUUGGGGCGCCCCCUCCUACAGCUGGGGGGGGGGCUUGGGGGGGGCCCCCCCCUUCGUCAGCAUCCCCCGUGCCCCCCCCCCUCUCCCUCCACGAUAUGUACCGGGAGCUCUACGAUUUCUUCGGCGACAGCUUGGCCACCCGUUUCGGCACCGGUUUGCCACCCCCUCCCCUCCCCACCCCCCCCCUCCCCCCCCCCCCGAGACCCCCGAAGGAAUCCGCAAAGACACACCCCCCCCGGCUUUUGGGGGGGAUGGGGCGACGCGCAAGAUGCCCCAACUGACCGCCAGCGCCACGGUGAGCCCCCCCCGCCACGAGGAAAGCCCCCGGCCGGACCCCCUGCCCCCCCCCUCCCCCCCGCCCCGGGGCGACCCCCCCCUCCAUCGCCCGGCUAACCUCACGCGCCCCCCGUGGUCCCCCCCGGCAGCCCCCCCCCCAUCGGCCGGGGACGAGGGAUUUUUUCCAAAAAUGUCGUUUUACGCCCCGGGGACCCCCCCAGGUUCAGUUUUCUCAUCGCGGGGCGUCAGACCGGGCGCCGCUGCCCCGGGCGCCGUUUCCAGACCCUUUUCCCACAAUAUCACGGAACCGGACAUAUAUCGCGAUAUGCCCAGAAGUUACCCAUGAUCGGUCGGACCACCCGG